AGGGGAAAGUGGAACAAGACUAAAAAUACCACCCAGGCUCAACGCCUGUCAGUGCGCCUGUCAUAUGGUCCUGCCUCCGCGGGUUCUCCGUUUCCAAAAAACAACCCAAAGAACAGUUAGAACUGGGGGCGACACAAAAACAACUUUGAUCUGCACAUAUUAGAUGACAGUCAGAGGGAAAAUAGGAGGACUGACCACUGCUCAAUGCCUGGCAAGAAGAUCAAGCUUCCGAAGCCGCCCGCGCCCACGCCGGAGGUGGAGGAGGAGUACGAGACUCCCGGAGGCUACGAGCUGGAGAAGCACCUGACCCAUGGCAGCGUCGCCUACACGCACGUCAAUGAAGUCUGGCCCAACGUCUACAUCGGGGAUGAGGAAACAGCGAGGGAUCGCCACGGCUUGCAGAAGAAGGGCAUCACCCACAUAUUGAACGCUGCUGAGGGCACGUGGAACAGCGUGGACACGGGCGCAGACUACUACAGCGGCAUGAACAUAGACUAUUAUGGGAUAGUAGCAGAGGACAUACCAUCUUUUGACCUGAGUGUGUACUUCUACCCUGCAGCAGAGUAUAUCGACCGUGUCCUAAGCAAUCCAGAGAACAAGCUUCUGGUACAUUGCGUUAUGGGAAGAAGUCGGUCAGCCACACUCUUCCUGGCGUACCUCAUGAUCUACAUGAACAUGACUGUGGUGGACGCCAUUGACAGGGUGAAGAGUUACAGACGCAUCAUUCCCAACUGGGGUUUCCUGAAACAGCUCCGCGAGCUGGACAUGCAUCUCCACGAGCAGCGGAAAGGAGGGGAGGAAGGGAAGACGGACCCCAAGGAAUCUCCCAAGACUGUCAAGAGUGAUGAGCAGAAAACUUAAGGGGGCGAGGGGGGGGGCAGUUUUUCCAAAUCCCAUCUGGAAAAAUAAAACAGAAAAUCACCUCUGUAAUAGAAGUGAUGACAAGUUGAUGGGCAGUUUUUUUCCCUUCAAAAGUAGUGGGAUAAAUAUUCACUGUCAUUACAAGCUGAGGCAGCUGAAAGAGGUCCCUUUUUUUCCCUGGACACAAACAAGAUUUUGAUCUUUGCUACCACCCACUUCUGCUGGGCUUUCUUACCCACACAAACCGACACCAUUAAGCAGUGAUUCACUCUGUGCAUGUGGGCAGCAGCUUUCAUGCAAGUAGUCAAAUGGAUUCUAAUAAGGACCUCGCUAUCUGACCAAAAAUGGAAGCGUUUAGGGCUUAGUGGCCGAUUAACGCUGAUUACAUCCAGGAUCUGGCAGAUAGUGUGAGACACCAAAAAAUCAUUGAAAUACAACCCAAGAACAGCAUGAUCUAAAAAGCCUGCCAGAAAACACAGCAAAAUGGGCAAUACGGGCAGGAGAAACUGAAGAUGCUUUCAUCACUCUCUGUGUUUUUUCACUCUGUUUGCAUCAAUAAGCAAAGGCAAUCUGGACUCCAUGUGAGAUGAUGCAAAUCCAUUAAC